ACGUGAGAACUUAACUGCUACGCCACCGGGCCGGCCCCCGCUCUGGAGUUCUGGUUGUGGCUGUGGUGCAUGGAGCAGGGUCGGUUGUACAAGGAGUCAUUGCACAACUCUAGGGGGCACCUGCCACUCUCCAGUCAUUGCUGGCGUGUUUGGCUCUUUCGACAGGUUUGCGGCAGGUAGUACUUAUCAAGUCUUGGGGAGGGGGCCUUUUUCUAAUUCUCAAGCCUAUGCCGCCAAGGUAGGCAGCGAGGGAGACAGAUCCCAAUUUGGGUCUGGAUAGUGUUAAGCUCCCUGUCCAGAGGUGUGGGCAGGGCUCAGGGAGCUGCAUUCUCAUACUCAGGGGAGUGACUCCUCACUGUGAGCUGGCAGUGACAGGGCCAGGGUGAUGGGUCCUGGGCUUGCCUGCUGGGCCUCGUGCCUCCUGGGGCCAGCUGACCUUGGCCAGUUUGCUUCUACCUAAGCUCCAUUUCCUGUCUGUGAAUGGGUUUGGGCCUGUACCCUGGUUUCACCCUUGUGGCUCUGGGGUUGUGGUGACACAACUGUCGAGCUGGGUUGGAGGAUUAACAGAGAAACUCCAGGCUGGCUGGUCUGUCUUCCUCUUCUCAUGCUCCCUUCUCUGCUGUGUCCCGGGAGCCUGCUCCACUUAGCCUAAAUUCAGCUUGUGUGUGAGUGUUUGUGUGUGUGUGUUAGGAGGGGGUGAUGCUGUUGGCAGAGUCAGUAUCUCUGGUGGAUGAGGCUUGCACAUUCCUGGGGACAGGGAGCUCACCACCUGUUGUGCCUAGGACAGGAGCCAUGGGGUCUGGAGAAGACCUCCAACCCCACUCCUGUAGCCUUUCCUGGGAUGACCUUUCCUGGGCAGACCCACUGCCCCCAGUUCCCCUCUCUGCAUGAAGGGGGUUUGGGGCUGACUGGGACAGAAACUGACCCUUUUGAAAUGUGAGGAAGGGCCUUCUUUGUUCUGUACUCAUGCCUCUGUUGACACAGCCUUUGUUGAGACACCUUCUUUCCUGUCUCCCCUCCCUGGAACCUGCAGGUGCUUCUAGGCUGCAUCUGUGCCCCAUCAAAGGCAGCUCUCUGUCCUCUAACUUAUCCCUUCCCAGGGUUUUCCUGCUGGGGUCACCUGUGGGGUCUGGGCCGUGCUCUGACCACUCAGACAGGCUUCCUGUCUUCACGCUGCUGCUGAUACCACUGUGCCUCUUGCCAUUCCAGGCAGGGAGAAAACUGCAGAGCAGGCUCAGGCUGGGGACAGAGCCCUGUGGCUCUCCACUGCAGACCCCUCCCAGCCGACUGCCCUGCAAUGCAGCCACUCAGGCAGGGCCAAACCCCCUGCUGGUUCCUGGCUCCUGCACUGCUCAUCUUCCCAGUCACCUGGGUCUGCGGGGGUUAGGGGGCAAUAUCCAGGGGAAGAGCUCAGUCGUAGCACCCCACAUGGGGGCUAUUGAGGAUUUCACAGGAGUGCAUUUGGUGAGUUUCAUCCUGAGCCUGCUCAGGGGCAGUGGGUGACAGGACAAGGCCAGUGUGGGCAGCACUAUCUGGGUGGCUCUGUGUCUCCUUCUAUCUAUCAGAUGGCGCAGCCUCGCAGGGUGGCUGUGGGUUAGGUGUUACAGACGGGGAGUGGGGGGCUCCCAGGGGGCCCCGACACAGCUGGCCAGGGAGCAGUGGAGGGAGCCAUGACCAGGAAGGACUCCUUGUCCUUGGCAGAUAAAGGCUAAGGGGGAAUGGAGAGCAGUGUUCAAGGUCCCCUGGGCUGAGCCUGCAACUGCUUCUGACUUGGGACCUCCUUGGCCGGCUGGUCAGGGACAUGCAGCAACUCGGGGGCAGGUUCAGGGUGGCUGGGAUGGCACUGCUGGGCUGUGUAAGUUUGGACCAGCUCUGGCCCUCUCUGGGCCCUGCCGUUCCAGGCUGUUCAGGUGGUUCCUUGGGCCUGGGGAACUAACAUUCCUGGAUCGGCGGUAGAACCAGUCUGGGCGUGCAGCCCCAGGCUGUGUUCCAGCGAGGCGUCCUGGGCAUCUGGCUGUGGGGUGAGGUGAGGCCUCUCAGAUCUGGGUUCUGGUCUGGUGCCGGCAGCCCUCCUGCUCCACUGCCUCAGGAACCAUCUCUGGGACACUGGGGUGGCCCUGGGGUUCAGAUGCUCUGAGCAGGAACAGGGCGAGCCAGUGGGGUCCCCAGCCUGCAUCUCACCUGAGGGGCUCGCCAGCAGACUACCCUUUGGAGGGAACUGAGUCCAGGAGAGGGGGCCCACCUGCUCUGUCACCACAGCUCUCUUUCACUGUUGGGGCCACACUCCUUGUCUGCUGCCACUGCCACGGGGACCCCAAGGGUCACUGCUGUCACGGCCCCUCCCACCACCCGCCCAGGGCCCUCCCAGGUCUAUGUGAACUUUAAUCACCUGCUGACAGGCCGAACACGGCACUUCCGUGCUGUAGUGACAUCAGCAUCUGGCCGUCCUCCCUGUCAGGCUGGACCUCUCUCAGAGGACUGCCUCCUCCUACCCCGCUCAGACGCCUUCGACGGGGCGCCCCGCCGGCCUCUUGCCCCUUGGGACCGGGUGAGCACGAGGACGAGGAGGCUGCGUGGCCGGGGUGUCUCUCUGGAGCGGGUUCUGUGGCCACGGGCUCCUGCAGAGCGUGAGGGAGACCCAGUUGUUUCGCCAGCCGUUUCAGGCAAACCCUCGCAGCUCGUGUGACCACCUCCCCAGGCAAGGUGCCCCUCCUGUCUGCUGAGGAAGAGCCAUGAAGAAGCGGUACCUGGUACUGGCCCUGCUGUCUGCGGCCCUGGUGCUCCUCAUCGUCGGCCUCUGCCUCUGGCUGCCCUCCUCCUCCAGGCCACCCACCCACGUGUACGCCAGGGCAGCCGUGGCGGCGGACGCCAAGCACUGCUCGGAGAUCGGGAGGGAUGUGCUGCAAGAGGGCGGCUCGGCGGUGGACGCUGCCAUUGCGGCCCUGCUGUGCGUGGGGCUCAUGAACGCCCACAGCAUGGGCAUCGGGGGCGGCCUGUUCCUCACCAUCUACAACAGCAGCACGCGAAAAGCUGAGAUCAUCAAUGCCCGAGAGGUGGCCCCUGGGCGGGCCUUUGCCAGCAUGUUCAACAGCUCGGAGCAGUCACAGCAAGGGGGGCUGUCGGUGGCGGUUCCCGGUGAGAUCCGAGGCUAUGAGCUGGCGCACCAGCGGCACGGGCGGCUGCCCUGGGCCCGCCUCUUCCAGCCCAGCAUCCAGCUGGCCCGCGAGGGCUUCCCUGUGGGGAAGGGCUUGGCGGCAGCCCUGGCGAAAAGUCAGGCUGCGAUUGAGGGACAGCCCGCGCUGUGCGAGGUAUUCUGCCGCAAUGGAAAAGUGCUGCAGGAAGGGGACAAAGUGACCAUGUCGCGGCUGGCCGACACGUACCAGACGCUGGCCUCGGAGGGCGCCAAGGCCUUCUACAACGGGAGCCUCACAGCCCAGAUCGUCAAGGACAUCCAGGCGACUGGGGGCAUCGUGACAGCCGAGGACCUGAACAACUACCGUGCGGAGCUGAUCGAGCAGCCGCUGAGCAUCAGCCUUGGGGACGCCCAGCUCUACAUGCCCAGCGCCCCGCUCAGUGGACCGGUGCUGGCCCUCAUCCUCAACAUCCUCAAAGGGUACAACUUCUCCCGGGAGAGCGUGGAGACCCCUGAGAGGAAGGGCCUGACCUAUCACCGCAUCGUGGAGGCCUUCCGGUUCGCCUACGCCAAGAGGACCCUGCUCGGGGACCCCAAGUUUGUCAAUGUGACCCAGGUGAUCCACAACAUGACCUCUGAGUUCUUCGCUGCCCAGCUUCGGGCCCGGAUCUCCGACGACACCACUCACCCGACCUCCUACUAUGAGCCUGAGUUCUACACUCCAGAUGGCGGGGGUACCGCCCACCUGUCCGUGGUUGCGGAGGACGGCAGCGCCGUGUCAGCCACCAGCACCAUCAACCUCUACUUCGGUUCCAAGGUGCGAUCGCUGGUCAGCGGGAUCCUGUUCAACGAUGAGAUGGAUGACUUCAGCAGCCCCAACAUCACCAACGAGUUUGGGGUGCCCCCCUCACCGGCCAACUUCAUCAAGCCAGGGAAGCAGCCGCUCUCUUCCAUGUGCCCGGCGAUCAUCGUGGGCCGGGACGGCCAGGUCCGCAUGGUGGUGGGUGCUUCCGGGGGCACGCAGAUCACCACGGCCACCGCGCUGGCCAUUAUCCACAGCCUGUGGUUCGGCUACGAUGUGAAGCGGGCGGUGGAGGAGCCCCGGCUACACAACCAGCUCCUGCCCAACACCACGACGCUGGAGAGAGACAUUGACCAGGCGGUGGUUGCAGCCCUGAAGAGCCGGCACCACCAAACGACAGUGACUCCCACCUUCAUCGCUGUGGUGCAGGCCAUUGUCCGCACGGCUGGUGGCUGGGCGGCUGCCUCAGACUCCAGGAAAGGAGGGGAGCCUGCCGGCUACUGAGUACCCAGGAUGGGGAAGGCUGACUGGCAACCCAGGGAAGAGAUGCCCACUGGGGCCAGGAGUGGGACUUUGGGGGACGUGCUUCCCCUGUAAGUGGCAAAGCAGUGCAAUAAAUAAGGGUCGCAGCGCCAGGCUCUGGGCAGUUUGGCCAGUCAGCUCCCAGUCCCUGUACCUUAGCAU